AUGAUAGUUAUUUUUUUAUUGUUUAAUUUAGGAUAAGGGAUUUCAAUCAAUUUAUUCAAAAGGCAAAAUCUAGUUGAAUACAAUAUGACAGAUUUUUAAAACAUUUAAUUUUACGGGCUAAUAAAUAUAGGUAAACCAUCUCAAAAAUUUACUGUGUUGUUUGAUACUGGAUCUGGAGAAUUAUGGGUUCCUUCUAUUGUAUGUAUAGAUUGUCAAGGAUAUAAUAGAUUUGAUCCUUUUGAAUCAUAAACAAUAAAUUAAACAGAUUAUAAAAUAAUGAUUAAAGUAAAAAAUAGUAUUAAAUUCAGUAUGGCGCAGGGAAUGUUUAUGGUUUAGUAGUAGAAGACUUUGUAGGAAUUCCAAAUUCAAAUAUUAGUUCUUUUAUGCCGAUUAUAUUAAUUUUAAAGGAGGAAAUUUCUUUUUUAGUUAGUGAUGGAAUUAUGGGUUUGAUGAGAGACUAAAGAAUACCAAAUAUUUUUGAUGUUUCAUAUAAAUAAGGAGACCUCAAUAAUUCUAUAUUUGUUAUAUAAUUAAAUUAGAAUCCAAUUUAAUCUAGAAUUUAUUAUAAUAUUUCACAAGAGAAAUUAAAUAAUGGUACAACUUGGAUAAAUUAAACUAAUGAGCUUUUUUGGGUAAUUUAAAUUAAUACACUUAGACUUUACCUAUUGAUGAAAUUUAAGUAUCAGAUUAAAUAUUCCCUUCAUAAAAGUAGUGGAAGUAUGCCAUUUUAGAUUCUGGAACUCCUGCUUUGAUUUUAAGUGAAGAAGUUUAUGAAUAUGUUAUAAAUUAAUUGCUUAGAGUUUGCUAAAAAAAAUUAGGAAUAAUAUUUUGUCCAUGUAAUCCAAAUGAGUAAUAACAAUAAUUAAUGCCUAAUAUUACCAUAAUUUCUAAUCAAGUUUCCUUUUAAAUCUCAUACAAAAGCUAUAUUGCAGAUACAAAUUUAGAAAAUGGUUAAUGCCAAAUUGCAUUAGGUACUACUAGAGAUAAGGAGGGUAUAAACUUUUUGUUAUUUGGAUCAACAUUUUUUUUUAAUUAUAUUAUCAUUUUUGAUAAAGAAAACAAUAGACUUGGAUUUUAAAAUUCAACUCUAGAAAUAUGGGAUGAUGAUGAAAUUUAUUAUAUUGAUAAAUUUGUCAUUGAUUUUACUGGAAUAUUUUGGUUUUCCGUUGUUUCUUACUUAAUUAUAAUAGGAGGCCUUAUUUAUUACAAUAUAGAGUUAUCAAAAACUGAAAAAGGGAAUCCUCUUGCAUUAUAAUAAUCAAUUCAAUUGUGA